AUGGAUAGACCAAGAGCAGUAAUAAGCUUCACAGGAGGAAAGGAUUGUACAUUGGCUUUACAUAGAUUGAAUGAUAGUUAUGAUGUAGUGGCAUUGGUAACAUUCGCUCCAAGUGCAACAAGAGAUAAACCAUUCAAAGCACAUCCUUUGACAUUGGUAGCUAUACAGGCUCAGGCAUUGGGUCUCCCACAUCAUACAGUCUACAUCGAUGGACCAAACUACCUCGAUUCAUAUCGACAACAGAUCACCACCAAACUGCGCGAGGAGCUAAUCGUUCGAUACUUGAUCACUGGUGACAUACUUGAUGUUUGCAACAACUUCAUGGGUCGCGCAGUCGAGACGACGGGCGUCGAGCUCGUUCGACCACUGUUUGAGCUGCCUCGCCAGAACAUCUUGGACGACGUUUUUGCUCGCAACUUCAAAGUCAUUGUAUCAUGCGCCAACGUCACCAAGUUUGGACCAUCAUUCGACAUGAGCACAUUGGUCGGUCAGCAACUCACUCCACAGCUGAUACAACAUCUGCGAGAUCUCAAUGCCGAAAGACUGAAACAACAACAAGUUGAUGGAGAUGGAAGUGGUGGACCAUCAGUUGAUCUUGCAGGUGAAUAUGGAGAGUUCCACACAAUGGUAUUGGAUGCUCCACUAUUCAAACAUGGUUCGAUCAAUAUUGGAUCAAUGGUGAUGCAACGGGACACUGACUACUGUUAUGUAACUUUCGAAAAUACUACAUUGGUGACACGACCUUGA